CAGUCACCCUGAACUGGUCCCGGGUCCUCAGACUGGGAUCGCCCCCUGAGAAGGACCCCAGAGUCCUCAGCGUCUAGCCAAAACCCUAAGGCAGGAUACUUAAGGGGUUAAGUCCCCUGGGGCUGUAUCCUGCCUUUCAGCUUUUCCCAGCCCCCAGAGCCGGUGACCCUGAGGAUGAUUCCUUCUCCUUUUUGUGUUUGUUUCCCCACCUCCUUCAUUUUGGGGCUUCCUUACAAAUAUAGAGGAAAUCAGCUAGGUCCUUUGGGAUCUUUUAAGGGAGAAGUCAGAAAAAUUUUAGGGGACUCUGGUCAUCCUCCUGCUCUUUUUUUGUUUUUUAAAUCAUUUUCUUCCUCAGGUGGGCCUGGUGAUUGCUCUGAGUCACCCUGACUUAUUACUUAGGCCCAGUGCUGUUUUCUACUAACCCUUUCUUUUCUACUCUGGAUCACUGAGUCUGAUCAUUCCAAUUCAUAUAUAUGUGUAUACACAUACAUACAUACAUACAUACAUAUGUAUCUCCUGCCAGUCUAUCCUUUGUAUACAUAUUGAACUCUUCUCACUUCUCACCUGAGCUUAUAUGCAGCAAGGUAAUUAGAAAAUCUUCUCUCUCCAGGUCUGUAGAGUACAAAAGUUGGGGAGAAGGUGGUAGGGAGUUGUCUUAUCUCUUUACCUGUCUUCAGAUAGGAUUGGCCUUCCCCAAGCAUCUUUCAGUUGGAAGCUUUUCUUAAUAUAAGAAAAAAAAUCUUGAGGGAUAAAUAUUGCUUCUUAAAGCCUAACCUUCCUGCCCCUACUUACUAUCCUUUGUAAUAUUUCCCUCGGAGACUGCCCUUUGUGGAGAAGAGGAAUAAAAGCUAUAAUGUAGUCAACAUAGCCCUAUCCCCUUCCUCUUGAAUUCUUCAGCUUGCUCUUCAUUAUCAUUUUUCUUCUUUGGACCUUCUCCAAGAUUUCCACUUCCCAUGCAAGCACAAGAACACUUAUACAUAUUCUAUACUGAGGGGUAUGUUGUAAAUGUUUAACAACUGGUUCUCUUAAAAAAAUAUGUAUGACAUGCGUUUAAGUUUAAUCUUCAUUAUUAACAUUUUCUCCAUCACUUUCUUAAGUCUAGACAACAAAACAAUAAAUCAAGUCCUGAUUGGAAGCAUAUGCUAAUUUCUGAGGUAUAAAUGCUCACUCUGAAAAUGUAAUUAUGGGCAUAGCUGAUAGGAACUGGCUCCAGCAUACCACUGCCUAUGCCUAGCAUUUUCCUCCCCCUCUUCCCCAAAACCUACCCUCACCAUUUUUAUAACCUCUUCUCCCAUUCUUAUAUACAGGCAUCGUUAUUUGUUUUUGAGUUACAAUUGUUCAUGUCUGAAUCCACUCUGACCCCCUUGAUCUUUUUCUGCUAUCCUCAUAUAAAAUCUCUUAUUCAAGGGCAUUGAAUCAGGCAUAUUUUGGAGAGUCUUAAAGGAAGAAUUCAGUGUCUUGCUCCCUAAAUAUUAUUUGAAGAGCUAGCACCACACUUUCUUGACCUCAGAAAAAAGCUUAAGAAGGGAUAUGAAGCUGCAAAAAGAUUUAGGUAGAAAUUACUUGAUCUUGGUUCCGGCUCUUCAUAUAAUUUAGUCCUAUAAUGGAGCAGGAAACAAUUGAAAUUUUACCUAGACAUGAAACACUUCUUUAGGUCAUGCCAUCCUUUCCCUUGCUUCCAGGUCUGUUCUUUUCCCAGCUCAAAAGUACACUUUAUUCAGUCUAUGGAAAGUGGUCCAGUAGCUACCAUGGGAGUUCUCUUUUAAGACAACCCUGGUUGGGUUUUUUUUGUUUUGUUUUUUGGGGUUGUUUUUUUUUGCCUUCCUUUGGUUGUGCUUAAUAACCUCAUACAUCUACGUCUAAGUGAUAUAAUCCUACCUUCUUCCUACUGCAACUUUUCCUGCUCUGCUUGAGACCAGCAAGCCAAACCCGAGUCUCUUCCUGAGGUUGUCCCAAUACUUGAAUAACGGGGAAGGGGAAAGUACUCCUAUACCGUUGGAAAACUUGUUCUCCCCAAGGGUCCCCUGAACCCCACACCGGCCCUGAUCUGUAGGAUGGAGCAAGGGGCAGAGUUAUGGGGCCCAGAUCUCCAGGGCCCUGAGGAGAGCCUGAGAGAUGGUCAUAAAGGUGCUAGAACUGAAAAUGAGGAAGAGAAUCUUCAGCCAGAGGGGUCAGGGGAUGAGGUGUCUUUGCGAGACCCACCCCAUAGUCCAGAACCCAAGGAUCCCCCAGAGAUGCCCCUGGAGGAAAUUCCUUUGGAUAAUCCAGCCUCCGAGUCAGUUCCCACACCCUCUGAUUGGACCAAGGCCUGUGAGGCAGGCUGGCAGUGGGGGGCCCUGACUACCUGGAACAAUCCUCCAAUAGUGACAGCCAGUGAACCCAGCCUUCGUGAGCUGGUGCAGGGCCGGCCCUCAGGGGGUGACAAACCCUAUAUCUGCAAUGAGUGUGGUAAGAGCUUCAGCCAGUGGUCCAAGUUGCUCCGGCACCAGCGUAUCCACACAGGUGAACGCCCCAACACCUGCUCUGAGUGUGGCAAGAGCUUCACGCAGAGCUCCCAUCUGGUGCAGCACCAGCGCACCCAUACGGGCGAGAAGCCCUACAAGUGCCCUGACUGUGGUAAGUGCUUCAGCUGGAGCUCCAACCUGGUGCAGCACCAGCGGACACACACAGGCGAGAAGCCCUACAAGUGCACUGAGUGUGAGAAGGCCUUCACCCAGAGCACCAACCUCAUCAAGCACCAACGCUCUCAUACGGGUGAGAAGCCCUACAAGUGUGGUGAGUGCCGACGUGCCUUCUACCGCAGCUCAGACCUCAUCCAACACCAGGCCACCCACACGGGCGAGAAGCCCUACAAGUGCACAGAAUGUGGCAAGCGCUUUGGCCAGAACCACAACCUCCUCAAGCACCAGAAGAUACAUGCAGGCGAGAAGCCGUAUCGGUGCACCGAGUGUGGCAAGAGCUUUAUCCAGAGCUCGGAGCUGACACAACACCAGCGCACACACACUGGGGAGAAGCCCUAUGAGUGCCUUGAGUGUGGUAAAAGCUUUGGGCACAGUUCCACCCUCAUCAAGCACCAGCGGACUCACCUCCGGGAGGACCCCUUCAAGUGUCCGGUGUGCGGGAAGACCUUUACUCUCAGCGCUACACUGUUGCGGCAUCAGCGCACCCACACAGGUGAGCGACCCUACAAAUGCCCUGAGUGUGGCAAGAGCUUUAGUGUCAGCUCCAACCUCAUUAACCACCAGCGCAUCCACCGAGGGGAGCGGCCAUACAUCUGUGCUGACUGUGGCAAAAGCUUCAUAAUGAGCUCCACCCUCAUCCGACAUCAGCGUAUCCACACAGGGGAGAAGCCCUAUAAGUGCCCGGACUGUGGCAAGAGCUUCAUCCGAAGUUCCCACCUCAUUCAACACCGGCGGACCCACACCGGGGAGAAACCCUACAAGUGUCCUGAGUGCGGAAAGAGCUUCAGCCAGAGCUCCAACCUCAUCACCCAUGUCCGCACGCAUAUGGAUGAGAACCUCUUCUUGUGCCCUGAGUGUGGAAAGGCAUUUGUGGAUGCAGCAGAGCUGUUGCAACAUCGGCUAAUACAUGGAGGUGGAAAGCCCCCUUCUGGGGGAGCUCUGGGGGAUGGGGCAGAGUCUGCCAGCCCAGCAGGAGAGAAACCAUAUAAAUUCUCGGGGGGGCUUGGGGAAUCAGCUCUUCUCCCGCCACCCGGAGCCAAACCACACAAGUGUUUGGUGUGUGGUAAGGGCUUUAAUGAUGAGGCGAUUUUUAUGCAGCAUCAGAGGAUACACAUCGGAGAAAACCCAUACAAAAGCACCGAUGGUACUGAACGUCCAUCUCCCCAUCCCUCUCAGCUCCGCUCCCAGAGGACCUUCCUUGGGAGGAAAUCCUGUCUGGGGGCUGAGAAGGGUGACAGCACGGACCAUAUUGGACCAACCCCUAAAAACCUUGAGGGUCGAGAAAGCUUCAGUCAGAAUUUGGAGCUGCUCUCCCCCAAAUCCUACAUCUGUUCUCACUGUGGGGAAAGCUUCUUGGACCGUUCUGUGCUCCACCAACAUCAGCUCACCCAUGGAAAUGAAAAACCCUAUAUAUUUCCUGAAUAUAGGACUGGUGUUGGGGAAGGGGCAGGACCCAGCCCCAUCUUGAGUGGGAAACCCUUCAAAUGCCCUGAGUGCCAAAAAAGCUUCAGCCUCAGCUCUGAGCUCCUGCAGCACCAGAAGGUCCAUGCAGGAGAAAAGCCCUAUAAGAGCUCCUCUGUUCUCCUAGAGCACCUCCGGAGCCCUUUGGGGGCGAGACCCUACAGCUGCUCUGUCUGUAGCAUGUCUUUCCUGGACCGCCUGGCCCUCAUCCGGCACCAAGGGAGCCACACCCAAGAAAAGCCCCACCCACCCGGGGAGACCCUCCCAGAAGCAGCCACACUGCCAAUGAGCCAGGACGGGGAAGCAUCCCCCACAACAGAAAGCAGUCAGUGUGAAGUCCCCAAAACCCAACCAGGAGAGAAACCCUAUCUAUGUCCUGAGUGUGGAGAAGGCUUCACAGAAACCACAACCCUUCUCCUUCACCGGGGCAGCCAUCCUGGUGUCACCCUAUGAAACUGUAGUAGGAGGCAUGGGGACGCUCUCUAUCCUGAGAGGAAACGCCCUGACUGCCCCAUUAAAUUAUAGGGGGAAGUAUAAGAAGCCCAAUAAGAUUGUAAGGAAAGGAAGGACACUUGAGAGAAAAUCAUUUCUACGCAUCAGUGAUGGGAAAACCCUGCAAAGUUGUGUGUGGGGGGGAUCCCUUUAUAAGGCUGUAGAGAAAAAAACUGUUGGGGGUAGAAACCCCUAUAAAUAUGUAGGAAGAAAACCCUAUAAGUCUGUAGCAGAAAAACCCUAUAAAUUUUAGUCGGAAAAAGCCCUAUACAAUUGUAGGAAGAAAGCUCUGUUAUGUCUCUAGACAUCCCUAUAAAACUGUACGAAAAUCCUUGUGAAACUAUAGGGCUUAGAAAGGGAGGGAAAAUACUAUAAAGCUCUUAAGUUAGGAACCCCCUAAAAAAGGCAGGGAAACAACUUCUCUACAGUUGUAGAAUAGCCUCCCUCUCUUUCCUGAAAAGCGAUCAGAGGAAUCAUCUCUUAGAGCCUGUCCUGGAUGAUUCCUUCGGGGGAAAUCCCAGUUGAGUUGGUGGGAGGGAGGGCCAAGAUCAGAGGUCAGGAAUUGCACUAAAUUAUAAAGGAAAGAGAAUGGGAGUCGUGCAGAAAAUGUGCCCUUGUUAAUCUGCUGUGGGGAAAGCUUAGACAAACCAUUAAGCAGGGAAAAGCCCAAGGCGUCUACAGGAGAAAAUCUUUGAAAUGGUAAAAGUCCUAUAAAUUGUGGUGGGAGAGUCCUAUAAAAAUAGGAGAAAAGUCCUAUUUUGUGGGGGUUAGAGGAAAAGAAGAGGGCUAUGGGGAGCCUAUUAAAGUAAAAGGGAAAACGUUAAGUCCUUUGUAGAAAAAAAAAAACAACCUAAAAUUGUGAAGGUAAAAUAACUUGAGUAGGAUGGAUGGGAAACCCCCUUUCCAACUCUGAAGUUUUGGAGGGAAGAGUUUAAAAAUUCCAGUAUAAAAAUAUUGGAAGGUCCCUACAAAUCUCAGGAGACCAUGGAGAAAAGAAAUUUUUUCAAAAAGAUUUUCUUGGUAAAACAUAAUCCUUGGCAGGGUAUGUUUGAGAGAAAACUUUGUUUCCACUGUGUUACCAAAAUCUUAGAAGAUUAGUGGUGGCAAAAUUCCCCAGAUGGAGGCCUGCCCACAUCUUCGGAGGUCUCCUCUCCAGGGAAAGAUUCCAAUUUUCCGCCUCCCCAUCCUCCCCCUUCUCAGGUUCUGAACUUCUCCUAGGAAGUUCUUCCUGAUGUCUAACCUCCAUUUCAAUUGCUGCAGCAAUAGCCCAUUUCCUCUUGUUCUGUCCUCUUAUGGAGAGAGAGAAUCGCUGCUAAUCAUCCUCCAAAGAAUAAAGCCCUUUAGAGACUUGAAGCCUGUGACUAAAUUCUCCCUUAGUCUUCAAACUAUAGCCACCUCUUGAUUACCUGCGGGGAAGAGGACAGACCUUAGAUGACUGAAAUUUAGAUUAUCCAACAACCUGAUACUGAUGUUCUACCCAGCCUUUCAUAAGGGCUAUUAAGACAGAAUGGACCAAUGGGCAUUAUUAUUCUCCCUUCCUGCCUUUCCCAGAUGGCUGCUAAGCAAAGAUUUUUCACCCUGUAGUAAUCAAGAGUUGGCUGUAACCCCCCCCCCCCCUUUUUUGUCCCUUAUGCCUUUAAUCUCCCAGUGUUUUCCUUUACUCCCAGGCUCCCAGGUGCCUUCUGGGGUUAUGGGGCUCUGCAGUGAGGUGACUUCUACAUGCCCUGUUUUUCUUUAGGUAGCUCAGUACUGUGUAACCAAAAACCUUAGAAGGGGAAAACCCAAAGAAAUAAAACUGCUUUCUUGGAGGGACCCCCAUUAACCCCUUCCAAUAUCUAAGAGAAUACAAAUCAUGUAAGCCUAUAUUAAAUGACCCUGUAAUGGGGGAGGUGGGGGGGUUAUGUGACUUUAAGGGAGCUAACUCUACAAAUCAGUUCAAAGAAGACUGCCCCUAAAAUAUAUAGGGGAAGAUUCCCCACCUUGCGUAAAUGUUGAGGAGAAAGGACUUUGGUAAAUGGCACAAGAGAAUUCUAUCCCUAAAGUCUUAGCCAUAAAACUAAGGAUCCCUGCUGUAUAAAACUUUUUUAAAAAUCCUAGGAAUUAUUUCCCCAAAGGAAACUACAGAUCUAUUAAGGAAACUCCUGUUUAGCUCUGGGAAGGAGGGAGGGGGGAGACUCCUUUUGGGAAUAUAGGCAAAAAAUUAUCUCCCCAAAACACUCCUCCACAUGAAGUUAUAAAACCCUGGGAGUUUGGAAUUGACUAGAAGGAGCACUGAAUUAUAUGGAAGAGAACCCACUUCUACAUUUAAAACUGCAAUGAUCAGGCUAGACAGAUUGGAGUGGGAAAGCCCCAUAAUGUUCUAGUGGGAGGGGGUGCCCCGUAGAAUAAUCGUAAGGGUGAGCUAUUACAGAUUUUCAUCCCUCCACCCCACAAAAAUGCAUACCUUUAAAUUAUAAGCAAAGUAUGAGAAAAGACCUCCCCUUUGUACCUGCAUGGGGGGAUGAAUUCUACAAAACUGAAGGGAAGAAAAGAAGUGCUCAAGUCUAGAAGGAAAAAACAAUCCUUUAAACCAGUAGAAGCAAAAAUACCCUAUAAAUUGUAGAGAUAAAACCUUUGUAAAGCUAGGCAAAAAGUAUUCCCACCCCCUUAGUAAACAGGAAUUGUAUGCCCUAAGGAGCAAUAGUAGGGGAAACCCUAGAAAGUCCAAGGGAAGAGUCCUGUAGGGGAGAGCAGUAGCUGAGGGUAGUUCUCAGAAAUCAGCCCUAUGAGGGCUGUACUGUAGGCUGUGUAGAGGAGAUAGGGUGUAGAAUAUUAGGAUGAUCGCAUGUUAUAGGGUUGGGGGGGAGGGAUUGGGGUCUUCUCUCUAAUAAAGAGUUUAGGAUGGGAGCCUGAUCUGGUUGGGAUUUGGAGUUUUCAAGGCAGAAAGGGGAAGAGGUCAGAGAGCCUUUGGGAUCCAAUCCUUUCAUUCAAUUUUCUCUUCCCUAAACGUACUCAGUUCUAUACCUGAAUCUCCAAUCCCAGGGCUGGUGACUUUCACUGUUCUAUUCAGCUUUGAAUGCUCCCUGCUGCCCCGUGCAUCUCCAUAGCUUGUAUGGGCAGUCACACCAUGUCAGUGUCAUCUCUCUAUUGGCUUUGCCCCACCCUAGAAUCAGGAACACCAACUCGUUAUACUUUUCUGUUUUCCAUCCCAGAGCUAGCUACAUUUAAAGAUGGGUCAAUUAAGUGAACUGCAGGGGAGACCACCCUUACCUGAUCUAUUUCGCUAGCUCCUUGCCAUUUCCCCUCAUUCUAGAACUGCACCCUUUGAACCCCAGUAAAAUAAAAUGUCACCAGCAGUGGCCAGGGUGAGGAGGGAGCCAAGGCAAUUCAGCAAGCUGGAGACAGUGUAAGGAGACACUGGAAACUGACUUGGAAGGAGUGGGGUUAGAGAGUCUUAAGGAGAGAAACUGGAAGAUUUCAGAGCUAUGACUUGUGAAAUUAGGUGACAACUUGCUAGCAGUGGGGAUACUGACUGGUGGAGAGACCUUAAACCAUCGAGCAGUGAGGUGAGAAGUCCUUUAACCAUUGUUAGAGGUAUGGUGAACCGACACCAAACUCCACAGCCCAGGUCAGGGUGACCUAGCUUUCCCUCACUGCCCCACGGCUCCUCAUUUUCCAGACCAGUGGGCUGGGAGGGGUCCCCUCCUUGAGUGUUGUGUGUCAGAAACAGUGUUGUGUCGCUGGUGGUUGUGUGGAGUAGCUGAAGAG